AUGUGGAAUUAUUUCAAUAUUGUUGUUGUAAAUGAUGUUAAACAAGAUAUGGUUUGUUGUCAAAAAUGUAAACAAUUAUUUAUAUAUAGAGCAAAAGAUGGCACAGCAGCUUUAGUUAAACACAAUCGUUCCUGUGAAAAUGUCACUACUAAUUCAAGCAUGAACUUAAUUAAUCAAGCACAAGUUACUGAAUAUUAUUUUUCAUCUAAAGCACAUGAUAUAUCUAAAAAGCUCCGAGAGAAAGUUAAAAUCUUCUGUACAGAAUUUAUUGCAUUAGAUUCACGUCCAUUUGAAUUAGUUUCGGGUGAUGGCUUUGUUAAACUAGCUCAAUCGAUUUUUGAUGCUGGUAAAUAUUUUAAUGCUUCAUCAAAUAUCGACGUCAAACAACUUAUACCAUCACCAGUUACGAUUAGUCGUAAUAUUGACAAUUUAUACGAGAUUAAAAAGAACGAAUUAAAAAAUAUAUGUAUGAACUUAAAAAGCUAUUGUAUUAUUUGCGAUUUUUGGACUGAGCGGUACUCAGGACUUUCGUACUGUGGUUUAGCAUUGCGUUUUGCUACAUUGGAUUUUCAAUUACAUAAUUUUAUUCUUGGUUGUAUAUUGGAAAUUGAUAAAAGACCUGUCGGAUGCAAUAAAGUUCAAAAUGUAUUUCAAAAUGUAAAACAAAUUGUAACGCAUGUUCGUCGAACACAUCGACAAGUAAAACUUAAACAGAAAUUGCAAUUAUACUCGGAUACUCGUUUUAAUGGUGCAUUUUACAUGCUAAACGUAUUUCUUAAUGUUUAUGAUGAUUUAGGUGGUGUUUUGAAUGGUGUUCAGAUGGAAUAUUUAACUAAUGUUGAUAAAGAAUUAUUAGAAGAACUUUGUGAUUUUUUAAAGGUAUUUGAUGAAAGUAUUAAUCAAUUAAGUGAAGAAGAACGUCCUACAAUUUACAAAGUUCUGCCGAUUCGUCAAUUAUUACUUAAACAUUGUGAAGAUGCAUGUGAAAGCAGCUCCGAAAUAAAAGAAUUGAAAUCUUUUCUUGGUAAGUCAAUAUUAAAACCUCACAACUACAAAAUGAAUUUUCAGAUGACGCAUUUGUAA